AUGUUGUGGAUGUGUAGAGCUGAGCCCUUAACAACAAACAGUUCUCUGACGACGUUCACCUGCUCCACGUCUGGCACCAGCUGCACAGUGGGAAUCGGCAACUCCUCCGUGAGGUUUACCUUUUGCACCACCAUCAUAGCACACGGUCGCAACCGAGACGUGGCCUCAGAUCCUCGGUGUCAGCCUGGUAGGAUUGAAGUGAUGUUGCCUCCAGCGAUUUUGGACAGUGUGAAGUCAGUCGAUGGGAAACCUCAGUAUCUGAAUGUAAUCUGGAGCCGCAUCUUGUCUGUCUUUCCUGUGUCUGACUCUGAAAUUGAAGCCGGAAACCUGAAUUCCCAGAUUGAGGUCAAAGCACAGGGGCAGUUCGAUGUCCAGGUCAAAAAUGUGACAGUGAAAGGCUACAGCUUCCUGGUCGACCUCCUAAAACCCGACACGUCAUACACCGUCAGGCUGCGUCACCGUUACCGGGGCCCAAAGAGCCCCUGGAGCCCGUGGAGCAAUGCAGGCCAGGGAAGGACAGCAGAGGACGGUCAGAUGAGAUAUAUCUACCCAGGGGUUUCCUCCCAGUUGGACAUGAGUCCAGGGGAAGGCAUCCAGUACACGCCCUGA